AUGAGACAAGGGAAGCUCACUGGCGCUGAAGUCGCCAAGCACAAGUCCAAGGACUCCUGCUGGGUUAUCGUACAUGGGAAGGCGUACGAUGUUACAGAAUUCCUGCCAGAACACCCAGGUGGACAGAAAAUUAUCCUGAAGUACGCCGGAAAAGAUGCGACUGAAGAGUUCGACCCAAUCCACCCUCCCGAUACAUUGGACAAAUACCUUGACCGAUCGAAACACCUUGGCGAAGUGGACAUGGCAACCGUUGAACAAGAAGAGAAGGCUCAUGACCCCGAAGAAACCGAACGCCAGGAGCGGAUCAAGCGGAUGCCUCCACUGCAGGCUUGUUAUAACUUGAUGGACUUUGAGACCGUCGCUCGCAGCGUAAUGAAGAAGACUGCGUGGGCUUACUACUCGAGUGGUGCGGAUGAUGAGAUUACUAUGCGCGAGAACCACAAUGCCUUCCACAAGAUCUGGUUCCGUCCGCGAGUACUAGUCAACGUAGAGAACGUUGACUUCAGCACGACAAUGCUGGGUACCAAGGUCUCUGUGCCCUUCUAUGUAACAGCGACUGCACUUGGAAAAUUGGGCAAUCCGGAGGGAGAAGUUGUCUUGACUCGUGCGGCUCACAAACACAAUGUCAUUCAAAUGAUUCCCACCCUGGCCUCUUGUUCGUUCGACGAGAUUGUGGAUGCGAAGCAAGGAGACCAGGUACAAUGGCUGCAACUCUACGUGAAUAAGGACCGCAACAUCACCAAGCGCAUUGUUCAGCACGCCGAAGCACGCGGCUGCAAGGGUCUUUUCAUCACGGUCGAUGCGCCGCAGCUCGGCCGUCGCGAGAAGGACAUGCGGUCCAAGUUCUCCGAUGUUGGUGCCAGUGUUCAAGCCAGUGGCGGGGACGAAGUGGACCGCUCUCAGGGUGCCGCUCGAGCCAUCUCAUCCUUUAUCGAUCCUUCUCUUUCCUGGAAGGACAUCCCCUGGUUCAAGUCCAUUACCAAGAUGCCCAUCAUCCUCAAGGGGGUACAAUGCGUGGAGGACGUCCUGCGCGCAGUCGAGGUGGGUGUGGAUGGUGUCGUCCUCUCCAACCACGGCGGUCGCCAGCUCGAGUUCGCCCGGUCGGCCAUCGAAGUCCUGGCCGAGGUUAUGCCUGCCCUCCGCGAGCGCGGCUGGGAGAACAAGAUCGAGGUCUACAUCGAUGGUGGCGUCCGUCGCGCCACCGAUAUUCUCAAAGCACUCUGCCUCGGUGCCAAGGGCGUCGGUAUCGGGCGGCCCUUCCUCUUUGCCAUGUCCACGUACGGCCAGCCCGGCGUGGAGCGCGCCAUGCAGCUCCUCAAGGACGAAAUGGAGAUGAACAUGCGCUUGAUCGGCGCCAGCAAGAUUGAGGAGCUGAACCCUAGCCUGAUCGACGUCCGCGGUCUGACCAGUGGCCACCAUGCUCCGGUGCCGUCCGACACAUUGACCCUUGGUGCGUACGAUCCGCUGCAGGCUCCGCGAUUCAGCGAGAAAUCUAAGCUGUAG